AUGACCAAAGCAAUAACCUUAGCUGUCGAAACACAGGUUAAGUCUGACAAAUUCGUCAAAGACCUAUUCAGCUUAUUAUCGUUAUGUGCACCACAACCUUUAAACGUUGACGUGGCAAUCGAUUACAUUGCGAAAGCAAACGAAAACUUCGAUAAAGAGGACAAGGAACUAAUUCGCAUGACUUUAAGUAGCUGCUCACUGCUACUUUUAGAAGAACAAAAGAAUGGUUCUUUCAUUCGUGUACAUAAGGUUGUCCACGACUCUAUCAAAUCUGUGAUGAGUGGCUAUCAAAAUAGUCAAACGUCUAAGAUCGUAAGUCAAGCUGUUGAUUCACUAAACCAAUUUAUUGUCGAAACUCAAUUGGAGGAGAAUAGGAGACUGGAAACUAUGAACGUCAUCCCGCACAUCAUUUCUCUUAUUACAGUAAUUGAUCAACUUUUUUCCAGAGAGCGUGUAUUUCAGGUCGAAGGAAUGACAGCCGAAAAAUUUAAAAACCUUGGCGAGAUUUGCCGACUGCAUUGUGAAUUUAUCGUCGGUAAGAAAUAUCUAGAGCAUUCCGUCGCAAUUCAGUCACGACUGCUAGGCGUCAAUCACGUUGACGUUGCAGCAAGCUACACUGCGCUAUCUUCAAUUUACAAAGACUUGGGGGACCUUGAGAAAGCCAAGGGCUAUCAGCAACAUGCUCUAGACAUCGAACUAGAAAAGCUUGGAGGUGAAAACGUUACUGUUGCAACAAGUUACAGCAAGUUAGCUGUAAUUUUCAUGGAACUAGGUGACCUUGAGCAAGCCGAAGAGUAUCAGCAACGCGCUUUAGCCAUCGAACUCGAGAAGCUUGGAACGGAGCAUGUUUCCAUUGCAACGAGCUAUAACAACCUAGCUUUGAUUCACAAGCAGUUGGGCAACCUUAAGCAAGCCAAGGAGUAUCAGCAACAAGCCCUAUCCAUUCAAUUAAAGAAGCUCGGCGCUGGACAUGUUUCCGCUGCAACAAGCUAUUGUAACCUAGCUUCGAUUCAUAAAGACUUAGGUGACCUGGAUAAAGCAAAGAAAUAUCAACAACGUGCUCUUGACAUCGAAAGCGAGAAGCUAGGAGCGAACCAUGUUUCUGUUGCAAAGAGUUACACCAUCUUAGCUUCAAUAUGCAAGCAUUUAGGUGACCUAGAGCAAUCCAAGGUGUACCAGCAGCGUGCUUUGGUCAUCCAAGUUAAGAGGCUUGGCACUGAACACGUUUCUGUUGCAACGAGCUACAGUAACUUGGGUUCAAUUUAUAAAGACUUAGGUGACCUUAAGCAAGCCUAUGACUAUCAGCAAAGUGCGCUGGCUAUAAAACUAAAAAAGCUUGGCGCUGAACAUGUUUCUGUUGCAACGAGCUACAGCAACCUAGCUUUGGUUCACCUUCGACUAGCCAGAGAGUAUCAACAACGUGCCCUGUGCAUUCAAGGCAAGAGACUCGGUUCUCACCACGUUUCUGUGGCAACAAGCUACAAUAACUUUGCUCUAAUUUACAAGGAUUUAGGCGACCUUAAAACAGCCAUGAUGUAUCAGAAGCGUGCUUUAGCUAUCAAACUGAAGAAGCUUGGUGCUGAACAUUCUUCUGUUGCAACCAGCUACAGUAACUUAGCUUUAAUACACAUGGACUUAGGUGACCUUGGGCAAGCCAAAGAGUAUCAGAAACGAGCUCUCAGAAUCGAACUUAAACAGCUCGGUGCUGAACAUAUAUCUGUUGCCCUAAGUUUUAAUAACUUUUCUGUGAUUCACCAUCGAUUGCAUGACCUCACAAGAGCAAAAAAGUAUCAACAACGAGCUUUGGAGAUCAAACUCAAGAAACUCGGUCCUGAACAUGUUUCAGUUGCAACGAGUUACAGCAACUUAUCUUCAAUUUACAAGGACUUGCGUGACCUUGAGCAAGCAAAGAAGUAUCAGCAACGCGCCUUAGCCAUCAAACUCAAGAAGCUUGGUGCUGAACAUGAUUCUGUAGCAACAAGCUACAGUCACUUAGCUACAAUUCACCAGUGGUUAGGUGACUUUGAACAAUUCAAGAAGUAUCAGCUACUUGCUCUAGGAAUCAAGCUUAAGAAAGUCGCCCGUUUGUGA